UUAAUAUGAAACAUAACUUUAUGUUUUCGAGGUGAUAAUUAGAGUUUUACGUCGUUAUGGUGGUUUUGCCAGUCGCACGUUAAGGUUAUAGUUGAUCCCAUGUUUUACGAUAGCUCAUUGCGGAAGUAACGCAAAAUGUACGAGUUUGUCGGAACCGGCCUCUCUUCAUCUCUGAGAAUCGAUCACACUUGUAAGUUAAAAAGUAAUGACUGCACAUUCUCUUUUGAGAGUUUGUUCCAGGGUCUCGAAGGGUGACAACGCCAUCAGACGCCGUUUCUUGAGGCGUGUGCUGCUCGGUCGCUUCCAGCCCAUUGCUGUGUGGACGUCAGAAGGACCGUCCCUCAUGGUCCUCUAAGAGUAAACAACGGAUCGGGAAGUGACGCAGUUCCUAACAACACAGGGUCCGCGCAAUGAGCCUGGCCGUUGCUGGGCAUCAGUAUGAGUCACGACGGUUGGGGAGCAGCACGAAUGUGUCCGUCCAAAUGCAGCAAAAACUGAAGGGAACCGCGGAGCGGAGGAGGGGCACGAAGCACCGACACCAGGCAAAAGCCUGUGAAGUUCUGGUGCCUAAUCUGAGUGCAGCAGUCUCAGAACACAGAAAGCGCCUUGAACCGCUCAGAGGGCGCUGGCAAAACAGUCUCUGUAAGGAACCGCAGGAGUGACAAAUUUUGUCUAAACUGCACCACCUCGAGCCAAGGACAGGCUCGUCUUUUCAGCG